AUGAACGUGACAUUUAAGCUACAGAGGGCGUUGAUCGCUCAGCGCCCCAACGUCCGACAAUUGACCAAGAGCAACAUAAUAAUCAGACAGGCGACGCAAUGGCGCUCAUAUUCCACCCCACUUGCUGGGGCAGACGGAACACUGCCUUUGCAGGGCAUUCGCGUGUUGGAUAUGACGAGGGUCCUCGCUGGGCCUUACUGCACACAAAUUUUGGGAGACUUAGGAGCCGACGUGAUCAAGGUGGAGCAUCCGACAAGAGGAGAUGAUACCCGUGCAUGGGGCCCUCCACAUGCCAAGUAUACUGAUAAUUCAAAAGGCCCCGGAGAGAGCGCUUACUACUUAGCGGUCAACCGCAACAAGAAAUCCGUGGGCCUCUCUUUCCAACACAAGUCCGGCGUCGAGAUCCUCCAUAAACUAGUCAAAGAAUGCGACGUCCUCGUGGAGAACUAUCUUCCUGGCAGUCUCAAAAAAUACAACAUGGAUUAUGAGACACUACGAGAAAUCAACCCCAGCCUGAUCUACGCGAGUAUCACCGGGUACGGCCAGACCGGGCCCUACAGCAACAGAGCUGGCUACGACGUGAUGGUAGAGGCUGAAUUCGGAUUGAUGCAUAUUACGGGAAGUAGAAAUGGUGAUCCGGUCAAAGUCGGUGUCGCCGUUACCGAUCUGACAACGGGGCUGUAUACAUCGAACGCGAUUAUGGCUGCUUUGCUUGCGCGCGUGAGGACUGGAAAGGGCCAGCAUAUUGAUGCGUGCCUGAGCGACUGCCAGGUUGCGACAUUGGCCAAUAUUGCAAGCUCGGCCUUGAUUAGUGGGAAAAAGGACUCGGGGCGAUGGGGGACUGAACAUCCAUCAAUCGUACCAUACCGAAGUUACAGCACACUUGACGGAGACAUUCUCUUCGGCGGCGGCAACGACAGACUCUUCGGCGUGUUGUGUGAUCGCCUGGGUCACCCCGAUUGGAAAGAAGACCCCCGUUUCCUUACCAACAGUGACCGUGUGAAGCACCGAGCAGAAAUUGACGGUUUGAUCGAAGACCGCGUGAGGGAAAAGACCACGCAACAUUGGCUAGAGAUCAUGGAAGGUAGUGGGAUGCCGUAUGCCGCCGUCAACGAUAUUCAAGGGACAUUGAACCACGAGCACGUCAAAGCCCGUGGGAUGAUCGUAGAUGUUGACCAUCCAGCGUGCGGUCCUAUGAAGUUGGUCAAUACACCGAUUAAAUACUCACAUGCGACACCUGGUGUGCGGACGCCGCCGCCUACGCUGGGUCAGCACACCGAUGAGAUUCUGGGCGAGGUCCUUCAGUACAGUGUGAAGGAGAUUGCUCAGUUGAAGAAGGACGGCGUUGUAUCAUAG